AUGACCCCAUCCCCUGCGGGUUCGCGAGCGUCCCAUACGUCGGAAUCUUCUGCACAAAUACGUUUGGCCAAGACAAAUUUGCCCGAGUUUUUCGGUAAUUACGAGGGAGGGUUUCCGUUUUUUGAUACAUUCCAUUCCAUGAUUCACGCGAACGAAUCACUAGAUGACAUACAAAGGUUUCAAUAUUUGCGCGCCUCUCUAACGGGUGACGCGAAAAACAUCAUCAGCUCGCUAGAAAUUUCCGCGGUUAAUUACGGAGUCGCCUGGAGCUUACUUAAGGAGCGCUACGACAAUAAACGUGUGAUUACACAGAUCCACAUCAAGGCUAUUAUGGAUUUGCCUUCUAUGUCGCGAGAAAAUGCAUGCGAAUUACGACAAAUCGUCGGUGGCGCGUCAAGACAUGUACGUGCCCUUCAGGCUUUGAAACGUCCGACUUCUCAUUGGGACGACUUACUUGUUCAUAUUUUGAGCAGCAAACUUGAUGCCGUCACAAUGCGGGAAUGGCAAAACUCAUUAACUGCAACCGAGUUGCCAAGCUUCAAACAGCUUCUAGACUUUAUAAUAUAUCACAGUCAAAUGUUAGAAUCCACCGGGAAAUCAAGCGCCCCAUCGUCCAAGAACAAUGCGCGAGUAUCUUCUGGCGCGAAACGUCAAGCCGUUUGUGUCGCGUCGGUCGGAUUAAAAUGCAGUCAUUGUGGCGAGGAGCGUUUGAUUUAUCAUUGCCAAAAAUUCCUAGCACUCGCGAUUCCACAAAGAAUUGCCGAAAUUCGCAAAGCCAAGAUUUGCAUGAAUUGUCUAAGAUCAACUUCUCAUAUUGCGAGUAAAUGCAGUUCCGGAAAUUGCAAGGUGUGCAAAAUGAAGCACAAUUCGUUGUUGCACCUCACCGAAGAUGCACCUCAACACCAGCCUAAGGAAGAAAAACCACAACAAACAACAACGUCAGCAAGCUCGCCCGCUACCGUGGUUACACAUUCGACUUCACGGAGCGACGAAUGCGUUCUACUUGCUACCGCGAUCGUGUACGCAUAUGAUCGCGAAGGUUCACGCAAGCCAUGUCGCGUAUUGCUCGAUUGCGGCUCACAAGCAAACUUCAUCUCGAAGAAAUUCUUGGAUACGCUUAACCUCCAGACGCGAUCAUCUAAUAUCUCGAUUUCCGGCAUCAAUAACACGACCACAAGAUCCUCGUUAAUAACGCAAGUCCGUUUGCAAUCUCGCAUUAAUACAUUCGCUACCACACUCGAUUGCAUCGUCACUGACCGAGUAACUGAUAAGCUACCAGCAUUCGCACUGAAACGAAGUGCUUUCGAGCUUCCCCGCAAUAUCGUCCUAGCCGAUCCUCAGUUCAACGCGCCAGCUGAUGUUGAUAUAUUGAUAGGAGCAGAGCUUUUCUGGCAAGUCCUUUGCGUCGGUCAAGUCAAGACUUCGACAAACCACCCAACACUGCAGAAAACUAGAUUCGGAUGGAUCCUCGCGGGACGCCUCGUAACCAACGCUCAGCUGGACGAGCAGUUGAGUCGCUUCUGGGCUAUAGAAACGAUCGAGGGCCCAGAUAACCUUACCGCCGACGAAGUCCGCUGCGAGCAGCACUUCCAAGAUAACACAACACGAACCGCACAAGGUAGAUAUAUCGUGAAGCUCCCGUUCAAGGAACAAGUCAUCGAGAAAAUCGGAGACACGAUGGAGAUAGCGCUGAAAAGAUUACGUGGACUAGAAAAAAGGCUUGCGCGUGACCCCAAUUUGAGAGCCCAAUACAAUCAAUUUUUGGACGAAUAUCUUGCCUUGGGGCAUAUGAAGCAGGUGGAGGACACAACUCAGGAUGACAAAGGAUCCUUCUAUUUACCUCACCAUGCUGUAUUCAAGACCACGGCAGGGGCAACCAAAAUUCGGGUUGUUUUCGACGCUUCGUGCAAAGGCACUUCUG